AUGGGUCAAAAUCAAAUGAAUAACACAAAAUUCCUCAUUAAAGAGAGCUACAACACAUGUGAUACGUUUGAUUCUUUGAGGGCACUUUUUCCUGAUGAAUUGUAUUCUGGAAAAUAUAAUUUUAAAGGUGGAAAGUACAAAAGUUAUUAUAGUAAAUCAAAUUAUACCGAUAUUGAUAAAAUUAAUGGUUAUUGCUUAUGGUUAUUUAAACAAUUUUAUGGGGACCGUUCCGUUUUUUCGAAUAAUGUAGAUAACAAUAUGUAUAUUGUUACAUACAUUUGGGCGUGGUUAAGUUAUAAGUUAAAUCAAAAAUCACAUGAAGGAAUCAACAAUCUAAAUGAUUUUUAUAAUAAGCACAUGGAAAAUGUCCAGGAGUAUAACAAUUCUAUAGAAAACGAUACGGAAUAUAAAACUUAUAUUGAUCUUAUAAAUAAAAAUAAGGAAUUAAUGGAUAUUGAUAUUAAGCAUAUGUCUAAAUUUUAUGAUGCAUUUAAAAAUUUGUGUAAAAUGUAUGAUGACCUUUCAAAGGCGAAAAAUAAAGGCGAGGAAUAUUUAAAAUAUGUUAAUAAUUUUGCUGAAAAUUAUAAUGCCCUUAUUAAUGAAAACAUUAAUGAUACAAAGGAUAAUUUAUUUAAACAAGUAUUAUAUGUUGCAUUAAACGAUUAUAACUUUAUAAAAAGUAUAUUAUCUGAAGAUUCUAUAAAGAAACAAUUUCCAGAACUUACGAAGGAAAAAAAAGCAACACAAGUUUCUACAAUUUUUAAAGAAUCACAAAUACGUGAAUCCUCAGGUGAUGUGCCAGAAUCAAGUUCCAAAGGUGAAGUAUCAGAAUCUGAAACUGAUGUAUUAAUUUAUAAUUCUGGAGUAUCAGAAUUUGAAACGGCAAUAUCGACUCCAUUGAUAGCAAACAAAUUAAUUAUAGUUUUAUCGACAUUAUUUGUAAUAGCAUUUUUUUUAGGAAUUUCGUAUAAGUAUUCGUUAUUUGGAUUUCGGAAAAAAUCUCAAAAACAACAUUUAAGAGAAAAACUAAAAAAAUAA